AUGACCCGUCACCACGAGCCAAUUCGUGGCAAGGGACUGCAGGAGAUGCUAAUAGGCCAGGGAUUCACUGUCUAUUUGAUCGACGAGUAUUGUACUUCAACAUUUUGCCCGGUAUGUGAGAGCAGGAUCGAGAAAUUCCACAAAAUUGAUGAUCCUCGUCUGAAGAAUCCCAAGCACAAGCACCACGUCGCAAUGGCAGCAGCAGCACCAGCAGAAUGGUCAGCAGCAGCAGCAGGAGGAGCAGGUAGCUGCAACAGGCGUUAA